ACACUUCGUGCCGCACACCAAACCUUCUCGGUCUACCAUGCUCGCUGUGCAGCUCAAGCAGACGAGCUCCAUUGAUGUCGUCAAGCCCAUGAGGGCGUACCUGAGCAAGGAAUACUCAGAGGACGAAGCGAAGAAGUACGACCCGGCCUUGGAAUCGUUUGCACAAAUGCGAAAAGACGUCGAGUUGGUCCGCACACCGUCGCCCAUAUCGCGCCAAGUACUUCUGCGGUAUGUUGCGCAGCUCGACCUCAUCGACACGCGAUUCCCUGUCAGCGACACCAAGGUCAAGCUUCCAUUCACAUGGUUCGACUCUUUUUGUCCGCGCCAAAAGUUGACGCAGCACUCUGUGAAGUUCGAACAAGCCGCUACACUCUUCCUCGUGGGGGCGCUUGACUCCCAAAGUGCCGUCGCGUGCGAUCGAUCGACCCCCGAGGGGAUCCGGGCCGCAUGCAACUACUUUAGCCAGUCUGCUGGUGCAUUUGUGGCGAUCCAACAGCUAGGUCUCUCAGGGACAACUACUGUCGACAUGUGCCCUGAGGGACUCGGCAUGCUUGUGAAUCUCAUGUUAGCACAAGCGCAAGCAUGCUUCUACGAGAAAGCGAUCAAGGACAAGAUGAAAGACGGGAUCAAGUCCAAGCUCGCGACCCAAGCCGUUGCAUAUUACCAGUCGGCAAUGGACUUUUGCAAUUCAGCCUCGAUGAAAGCAUCCGUUGACCGCUUGUGGGGCAUCCACAUUCAGUUCCAAGUACUUUGCAUGAAGGCUGCGGCGCAAUUCUGGCAGGGGAAAGCGUCGAAAGAAGUUGCGCUCACCAAAGGCGUCGGCUACGGCGAGGAAAUUGCACGUCUUGCGACCGCUGACGCGUUAUGCACCCAAGCUAUCGCGCUCGCGACUCAAUCGAAGCUGCCGCCGUCGCUGCCUGCGUCCGUUCGAGCAUUGCAAGCCAUCGUGGUGGACACACUGAACAAGGCACGAAAAGACAACGAUACGAUCUACAUGGAAACGAUCCCGCAGCUCGCGUCACUGCCGACCCUGACAGCGGCGUCGAUGGUCAAGCCUAUUGUGCCUGACAAAGAGCGCGCAAUUGACUUGUUUGAAGGACUCGUGCCCACAUCGCUGCGCCAAAAGGUCGCCGACUUUGAAGCCAUCUACCAAAACAUCGUGGCAUCGUCUGCGUCGCAGGUUUCUGCAUACAACGAGGCCGCGCGGGUCCACUUGGCAUCAUUAGGACUGCCUGCAUCAGUGGAAGCGUUUGAAAAAGGCGCUGGGGUACCGCCCGCGCUGUGGCGUCGAAUCGAGGCUUGCCAAACGCAAGGUUUAACCGCACCGAUCAGCCGUAUUCUCGAGGAAAACAAGCGAAGCAAAGCCCACGUGGAAGAGCGCCUUCGAAACAUUGAAAACUUUCUUCGCGACGAAUCGAGCGAAGAUGCGGAGGCCAGACAGACGUAUGGCAGCCAGUGGACGCGGCCGCCGUCGAAUGCGCUGAGUGAAGGGUUUGUGGCCGACGUGGACCGAUUCCACAAGCUCCUUCGAGACGCGACGCAGAGCGACCUGGCCAUCCAGAGCUCGCUCACGUCGCCGGUGCUGAACGUUCUGGGACAAACCAACGACGAACUCCAGCGACGCAUCCCCGAACGAGACCCGAGCGCAGCCACGGUCGACACCUCGCUCUUGAACAACCUCAUGAUCGCGCUUGGCGUACUCAUUCAAAAGCGCGACGGGUUGCAGAAGGACCUAGCUGGCCGCGCGGCCGUGGCGCCCCACACGCUCAUCUUGGCCGGCAACGGCGACGACUCUGCGUUUGCAUCGAAGCAAACCGAGUUGGAGCAAUUGAAAGCCCAAAUUGAAGGCACGUUUGCCGAACAGGGCGACUUGAUCACCGACAUCACGGAACGCAACUCGAUUUUCAAGCAGGCGCGGCAGGCCGACCCGAUCACACGGCAACGCGAGGAAGCGCUGAUGGAGCUCCAGAAGGCCGUCGAUAUGUACGAGCAACUGCUUAGCAACGCGACGGAGGGCGGUGUAUUUUACAGCGAACUCACGCAAAAGGUGGCGCAAGCCGAGCAAACUGUGAUGGACCACUGCCACGCGCGACGGUGCGAAAAGGUCGAGCUCGAAAUGAACCUGCAAAGCGCCCAGGACAGCGCCCUCGCGCAGCGUCUUCAUGAAGCAUCUCUGCACGAUGAGCACCAAGUGAACCAAGUGGUGAAUGACCAAGUGGCGGCGGAUGCUGCGUAUGCGGCAUCGUUGGCGGCGCAGGAUCGCAACAGUCCGCCUAGUCCAGUCCCGAAUAAUGCACCGAGAUUUGGACCGGCCCUAGGACAGCCACCCCGCGGCGGCAGCAUCCCGCCAGCAGCCCCCGCCUACGCGCCAUCCAACCACCACCCGAGCAAUCCGUAUGCGUCAAACUAUUCCCAACCUCCUCCACCCCCGUACAACCAAGCUCCUCCACCGCCUUACAACCAAGCAGCUCCUCCACCGCCUUACAACCAGCCCCCCAGCUAUAGCCCGUACAAUCAAGGCCCAUACUCUGCUCCGUAUUACCAGGGCGGUCCCCCGCAGUAUCCACAAAGCCACCACCUUCCGGAAGGGUCAUACAACUCGGCACCUCAAUUCAACCAGGGCCCUCCCCCGUACCAUCAGGGGCCGUCGGGGUACUACAACCCGCAGGGCCCGUACUCUCAGCAAGCGUAUGGGUCGCACCCGCCGCCACCGCAGCCAUUCAACUCGUCUCCGUACGGAUUCCAACCGCACGUGUAAUGUUUGCCUCGGUUGAUUUAAUAAAACGAACCACCACCAC